AUGAUUAAAACAUUGGAAAAAAUAAAUAUUAAAUAUAAAAAUAAAUCAUUGAUAUUAGUUGAACAUUCACUUGCCGGUGGUUUAGCUCAAUUAGCUGGUAUUGCAUUGAAUAAUAUAGUAGUUGUUGUAUCUAUUAGUGAACCGGGUAUAUCAUAUUCUCGUGCUGAAUAUAGUGAAACGGAAAAUAUUCUAAUGGAUACAAUCAAUAAACGUAUAUUCUAUAUAAUACAUGAUAGAGAUGUUGUUCGAUGGGCAGAUAAACACGCUGGACUCAUUCAAUAUAUAAUACGUCAAAAAGCAUAUAGCAGAUUAUAA